GUCGAUGUACCCCGCGGUGUCAUCAACACAAAACGAUACAAAUUAGUGUUAGUGUUAGUGUGGAGUGUGAAGAAGCCCCCACUGCAUGGUCACUCCUCCCACGUUCCUUUGCCCCCCGCCCCACCCUAUUAAAUAUCAAUGUCCUACAUGUAUAAAACCCUCUUAACCCCUCUCGCCCCUUCUCUCUCUCUCUCUCUCUCCCUCCCUCCCCACUCCACAGCUGAAAGCUGAGAGUGAGAGAGAACUCAGAGAGCCCACAAAUUUCUCUCUCUCUCUCUCUCUUCCCACUCCACAGCUGAAGGCUGAGAGUGAGAGAACUCAGAGAGCCCACAAAUUUCUCUCUCUCUCUCAUUCUCUCUCUGCGUGGGUUUACUGUUGGCCGGUGCCGGUGGGGAUGGACAUGUACGGAAACCCAGCGCAGGACAGCUUGUUUCGCAUUGAUGACCUUCUUGAUUUCUCCAACGACGAGCUCUUCUCUGCCUCGCCCACCGACUCCGGCUACAACCCUCCGCCGGAGAACUCGUCCGGUAACCGCUCCUCCGCCGCGGUUGUCCACCGCGACUUUACUAAUCCCAUUUCUUCUACCGACUUCACCACCGACCUUUGUGUUCCUAACGACGACGCCGCGCAGCUCGAGUGGCUCUCGCAGUUUGUGGAGGACUCGUUUACCGAUUUCCCGGCGAACGAGUUCGACGGAGCAGCGAACGCCCGGUCGGAAGCGUCAUUUCACGGGAGGUCUCGCAGCAAGCGGACCAGACCGGCGUCGGCCAACACCUCCUGGUUUUCCUCUUCCGAAUCUGAAAGUAAUCCGACAGCCGGGAAAACCACGACGGUGACGACUAGCAGCAGAAACAGUACAAAGAAGAAAGACCCCUCGCAGGAUUCGUCGUCGUCGAUGGCCGGGGAGCAGUCGUCGCCGGGGAAGAUGACGUCUGAGGGAGUGCGCAGGUGCGCGCACUGCGCCUCAGAGAAGACGCCGCAGUGGCGCGCGGGACCACUGGGACCCAAAACGCUGUGCAAUGCAUGCGGCGUACGGUUCAAGUCGGGCCGACUCGUUCCGGAGUACCGACCCGCGGCGAGUCCGACCUUCGUGUUGACUCAGCACUCGAACUCGCACCGGAAGGUGAUGGAGCUGCGGCGGCAGAAGGAGAUUCUCCGGCAAGAGCAAGAGCAGAAGCAGCAACAGCAGCUGUACCAUCACCACCACCACCACCACCACCAUCAUCAAGAUUUCGAAGUGUGCUGACGGCGGCCCCACGGUUGUCGGCAACCGGCGACGCCGCCUGAAUAUCGGAGAACAGUACCCACUCGGAUUACCACCUUGGCAACAAUUAAAGUCUCUUGUAGCUUUCCCUUGGACUGGUUUUUCUCAGUGAAAGUAAUUAAAUUCUCUUUUCUUUCAGUUUUUAAA